AUGCUGGCAAAGUCGCUACUUCUUGCCCUGAGUCCGAGCCUACUUGCUUUGGCUUCGCCAUUGCAAAUUCCUUCUCAUAUUGAUUUGGUGCCUCGUACAGAGUCGGGCUUCAAACCCAAGCAUGGCAUCGAAACGGUCUAUGGGUCCAAUAACUUCUGGUUCGGGUCUUUCGAUGUCGGAAGAACGAAGAAUUUAACAUUAUUGAUUGAUACUGGCUCGGCUGAUGUGAUCCUCAACUCUGGAUUAUACAAGAAAGGGCCCCAUGCUGUUGAUACCAAUCAAACAUUUGAGAACCACUACGGCUCAACUAACAGUGAUGGAUCUGGAACGGGGGUAGUGACUGGCCGGCUUUACAACGACACAGUCAAGUUUGGCUCGCUGAGCGCGCGCCAGACAAUUGGAGUGGCUGAUCCACAAGCAGACGGAUCCAACCUGAUCCCAGCUGAUGGAAUUAUUGGAUUUGCAGGCGAAGAGGUUUCCGCCUUUCACGGGGCUACUCCGUUCUUCCAGUCCCUUUGUAACCAACGCAAAGUGCCUGAGUGUCGUUUCGGUAUCACAUUAGGCUGCAAUCGAGGUACCCAGGUGCUAGGUAGACUUGACAAGUCCCUUUUCCAAGGGGAGCUCACUACUACUUCCAUUGUUCAGGAAUGGGUCAUAUUUGCCGAUCUUGCAUUCAAUGGAAAGCCGUUCAAGAAAGAUGUACUGGUUGAGCUGGACACCGGAACAGGUACUAUUAUUGCUCCCCCUGGUGAAGUGGUUUCCGUAUUCGAAGAACUGAAGAUACAGUACUUCAUCCACAAGUCGGGAGAUGUCACCACUGUCAAUGGAUAUUUCCCUUGCGACCAGCCCCCGAAUUUCGGAAUUAGCAUUCCAUCUUUGUCCAAUGCUACUGCUGCAGCAAAGGCGGACUCGAAGCUAGUCAGCCACAAGAGUUCUAUUUUCAAUAUCGCACGGGACCAAUGGGUCGCUGAAGACAAUGGGAAUAAUAACUGCACAGCUAUUAUCUCCGGCACAAGUGAGAUCACUUACCCUGGACUGUGGGUAAUUGGACAACCAUUUUUCCACGGCCAUUACAUUGACCAUAAUGUUGCCGAUAGCACUGUGGGUUUCGCGACUGCGCGGAUUUGA